AUGAGCUCGUUGUCACCAGUCGACGACGUUGAGGAUUAUGAAUUUCGAAGAUCUGAAAGGACUCCCAGUGACCUUGCCCGACAUUCAUGGGAUCGAUACCAUGCUGACGAUGAGAGUAUGAGAAGGACCUUUACACCUCCGAUGGCUCCUUAUCAUCCAGACCAAACUCUAGUGCCCGUUCACGAUUUGCAGAACGAUUGGAGAGGAGAUGAUGAUUCUCUGGAGAAGCGAAUCAACUCUGUGGACAACAUGAUAAAAGACAUCAAGAAGAUCUUGCCGCAUGCGAGUUGGGACCAGGAGAUGAAACCUCAACAAGAAACAGCAGAAGAACAAUCACAACGUAGUUUGAACCGCGUGAGCUUUGAUGAGGACAGGUUCUCAUCCCGCAAGGACAACCAAACAUAUCAAAGGUCGCCAUCGCAAUUCUUGGAGGAGGUGCUGCAACUGCAGAACACAGAGAUAACUUCAUCUCCUCUUGAUCAUGAUGAAAGGCAGCAGGCUGCAGCAAGGGACAGAAGUCAGUUUGUUCAGGCGGGAGUUCACGAUUACAGUCUGCCUGUCGCAAGGGAUCUCAGUUCUCGACGCGACUACCUUGAUCUUGCUCAUCAGACCUUCCUCGGAGCCCUGAACCCGGUGAAGUUUGUGCUGAAUGAGUUUGCGCCGGAGGAGGACGAGAGGGCGUUGUUCGCAAGAGCAGGGGAGCUGUACCUGCAGGUAACGCGGCAGCUCUUCGAGAGCCAGGAGGCGAACGCGAAGCUGUCCAAGGCGAUCUCAGUCAUGACGGAGGAGAACAAGCGGAAGUUCGGGGAGAUGGAGACGGAGGUGGUGAGCCUGAGAAACGAGUGCUUCGAACUCCAGAACAAGAUGGAUGAGGAGAGGGCUGAUCAUGCGAGUAAGGUCGAGAGAGUAGUGAGAGAGGGGGAGUCGUCCUUGUCAGCUGCAAGGGGGGAGAUCGCAAAGUUGAGAUCGCUGUCGGACAACCUGCAACAAGACAACCAGAGGAUGAAAGAGACGCACGCGGCUGUCGAGGCCUCGCUGACGGAGGAGCUGGAGGCUGCAAGAGCGAGGAUCUCAGCAGACAGCAGGACGAUCGAGACUCUGCAGACGAAGAUCAAUGUGCUUGAAGAGGAUCUCAACACGCUCUCGCAAGACUUCGAGGAGAUCUCGAGGCAGAGGGCAGAUUACAAUGACAUAGAAAGGGACUUGAAUGUAGCACGGAUGAACUACAUCGAGAAGAUGAGGGCCGAGACCUAUUUCUUGAACAACUACCGUGAUGAUGUUGUUGGGAUGGACACCCAACUGCAUGCCCUUCUACAAGACAACCUUGAGCUAGCGAAGAACUGCUCCUCGUUGCAUGCGGAUCUCAUGGUGGUGACGGAGGGCAGGGCGAGCCUGCAGAGGCAGCUUGCGUUCCAUCUCGACGAGAGUGAGAAGCACGAGAGGAGACUCCAGUCAGAGCUCAAGAAGGUCAAGAGCUUGCUCUUGCUCUUCAUCGGUAUCAGCCGCAAGGUCCAGAAGAUAGUGGCGUACGAGGGCUGGAUCUCAGAGUGGCUCUACCGUAGGCACAUCCGUCAACGUGCGAAGAUCCUCCGCCUUGCGCACAAGAGAAGGUGGUGGAAGAAGUUGAGGAGCGCGAUCCAAUCGAAGCACAAGAGAGAUCUUCGUAGCCUCAAAGCGCUCGACCUGUCGAAGAUUUUCACCAGUCGCGGCCUCAAGUGCAUCUUCACUGACUGGAGGGUUGUGCAUCGGAUCAGACGGCUGAGCUUGAGAUUUCACAACACGUUUCUCAACCCGACGGCCCUGCUUUUCAACAUGGUUGUCAGUUGGAAGAGAAUGACGAUGAUACGCAAACGACUGACAGUGAUCAUCCAUCUGAUGCACGAGAGGAUCAAUCAAGAUAUGAAGCCAAGAUUUUUCAAGUUGUGGAUGCAAGGGACCAAGGUCAUGAAGGAACUGAAAUUGAAAAUUGCAAAAGUGUGCAUGAUUGAUGAUUGCAACUUGAACUUUGAAUCUUGA